CUAUGGUCAAAUCAUAAAUGUUUGAAUGUCAUACCAAGAAUUGAAGUUGUAGUACCUAUUUUCUUUGAAUAAUUUUGGGCUCAAUAAUAUCGGAAUGGCUGAGAACAGAGAAGAAAUUCUUGCAAAUUUUCAGGGUAUCACUAAUAUUGAAGAUGUAGCUGAAGCUAUAUUCCACUUAGAAGAAACAAAUUGGGAUCUACUUUCCGCCAUCAAUAGAGUGAUGCCACAGGAUAGUAGCAGCUCUGCUUCUCAAUUGAACAACGACACACAUGAUGUGGAGAUGAUAGAUGAUGAUAUAUCUGUGAUAACUCCAAAAACACACCCACCUGAUCGGGAAGAUAGUAAUCAAGCUUCAACCUCAUCCCCUAGAAAUAAUUCCCUUGACCUAGUAGAGCUACAAGUGCACUGUAAUAAUAAAAUAUACGAGAUGAAAAUGUCUGGCUCGGCAACUGUCAGUGAUCUAAAAAAGCGGUUAGAAAUGGUUUGCGGAGUGCCAGUAUGUAGACAACAUAUAUCGGGCCUAGGCGGUUCGAGAGCCACUUCCUCUGCAAUUUUAUCAAGUUUGGGACUUGCCCGUAAUGCAGUCUUGCGGCUCAAAGCUGCUGACAGACUCAUGGCAGACGAUGAGGUAGCAGAGAGGUUAACCACAACAUAUGUGCUCAGAGUAAAACACGAUGAGCGCGAGUAUACAUUAAAGUAUCCCGGCACUAAAACAGUACAAGAAGUCAAGAACGAUCUGUAUUCACUCACCGAUAUACCAGUUCGACAUCAGGUAUGGACAGGUUGGCCUGCCGUAACCGGACUUGAUGACACAGUUCUAGCUAUGGUUGGUUUAGACUUGCCACAACACGAUUUGACAGUCAAACGGUCGCCUAGCAAACAAAGGGAAUUCAAGAGGAUAAUAGUAGAAAGUUCGGACAGUGAUAAUAGUUCAGUAGAAGAAGUCGAAGACGCAGACAACUUUCAAGCUGAGGAUAUGUUCGUCGACGUCCCGUCGGAACGGUUACAACCGCUCAUGUCGGACCAUGUGGACGACGAGGCUCUCGGCUGCAUAGAGUUCGCGCAACGCUUCCGCUCGAGGUACGGCCCCAACACACCCAGCUUCUUCGAGGGCACCCUACAAGACGCCAUCAAGGAGUCCUGUUUAAAACCUGCUAGAGAGAGGAAACUACUAGGCGUAUAUCUACACCACGAGCAGUCGGUGCUGUCGAAUGUGUUCUGCGCGCAACUGCUGGGAUGCGAGACAGUGCUGCAAACACUUUCGGCUAACUUCGUGCUCUACGGGUGGGAUUUGACGGACUCGCAUAAUAACAACCUGUUAUUAACGUCAAUUACGAGUUCGCUGGGUCCAGUGGCGAGUAUGACCAUCCGCAGUAUCCCAGUCGAGAGGUUGCCGGCACUGAUCAUCAUAAUGCGCGUGCGAUCCAACACGGAGAUAUACUCCGUGAUCAACGGCAACGUAGGAGUUUCGGAGCUAGUAGGCGGGCUAGUAGAAGCUCUGGAGCGAUUCGCAUCCCAAAAGGAAGAAGACGCGAGGAUGGAGCGAGAGAGAGAUGCUCGCCAGCGCGUCAAGCGUGAGCAGGACGAGGCGUACCAGAUGAGCCUCGAAGCGGACAGAGCUAAAGAAGAAGUAAAAAAACAGCAAGAGCUAGAAAGAAAUCAAGAAUUAGAGAGGGCAGAAUCCGAAAGACAAAUGGAAGAAGCCAAAAAAGAGGAGUUGCGCGCGGGCGCGGAGGCACGCGUACCAGCCGAGCCGGCGGACGGCGCUGAUGACGUAGCACGCGUACGUAUACGCCUCCCGCCCCCGGAGCAUGGCAGUCUCGAGCGACGGUUCCACGCGCAAGACACGCUCGCCGCCUUAUUAGAUUACCUCGCAUCGAAAGGUUACCCAAAAGAAAAUUACAAGGUCAUAGCUAGCUGGCCUAGAAGAGACCUCACAAUGGAAUCUCCGAGCAGCACACUGAAAGCGUUGAAGCUGUUCCCGCAAGAGACGGUGAUGCUCGAGGAACGGUGAACUCGGGUCCUGCGCACCGACGCAUCAACGUACCGCCGAGCGUAUUAGUUUCACGAUCCAGACAGUGACUACCCUCCUAUCUACUAUGUAUUUCAGUUAUAUUAUAUAUACAAGGCUUUUUGGAAAGGAGAUAAUAUGUUUAAAAAAAAUCGAUGCAGUCAUAAGAACUGCCGACAGAAGUUUAAACUCAAAACAAUGGAAUACAAUGGCGUUGGACAGAAGCAGGCGUUACUUUGCGAAAUUAUAUAUUUAAUGAGCAUUAAUCUUUAUUUGGUAUACUCAACGAAAUUAAACAAUUUCUUAGCAAUUACAGCUUUAUGUUCAUCAAAUAACAAAAAUGGAAUCAGUCCGUGA